UUCAGUUAUAUUAACGCAUAAACGAAUAUUAUAAUCAUCAUUAUAAUAUCGCUUACCGUCACUCUGCACCUAUAAUAUAAUAUACUUAUCGCUGCAGUAGCUUAUAUAUACACACAUAAAAUAUAUUAUACUCAUUCACGGAACAACUUCGAGUGGCCAUGCAGUGAUCGACCAAGGAGCAUAUUCCUAAAUAACAUAUAUCAUACCGCAUAUUAUAUUGGUUAAGAUAAUAACAACAAUAUUAUGUUUUUGUCGUACGCUACCGUGCCUUACACGAUACUUUUGAAUUUCUUCUUCCUGUACUCGCCCAUCGAAAUGGCGAUAAACGGCAUGAUUUACGAUACGUGCCAGGAGUGUCUGGAUGACAUUUGCCACCAUGAUUUGUGCAGGCCGUGCAUUUCCAGAUCCGACGGUGGGUACUUUUGUUUCACGUGUGAUCCCGAAAAUGGCAACCAACAGUUCUACUCCGAAGACGAAUGCAAUAAGGGUUGCACGGACAAGAAGAGUAUGUCGUGCGUUUGUACCGAUGCGUGUUUCGUGUGCAUCGCAAAUGAGGACAUAGGAAAUGCUAAUUUAGAGAAAUGCAAUUUGCUAACCAAGGAGGAACUGAACGUAACGUGCAAGUAAGUGCCGUACGGCACCAUCAGCACGCCGUUGUGAGAUUAGGUAUAAUUAAAAUAAUAGCUAUUAUGAUACAUAAUAUAUUUUCAAUUAUUAUUAUUGUUCUUAAAAAAAUAAUACCCCAUAAUAUUGGAAUAAUAUUUUAUAGUUAUAUAUAGACAUCCAAUCACCACCGUGAAGAAUUUAAUAUUGUUUUAACGGUUUUACUUCCUAUAAUAUUUUCGUAUAACAUAGGUAUAGCCUCCCCCCCCAUCACCGCCG